UUGCAGGUCAGGUCACCGAAGUCUGCUGUGGUAAUCACGUCAUCUAAACUUCGUUUUCUUGUUUUCGUAUAUUAGUUAAAAUGCAGACGUCAGAAAAAUUUGUGAAAGCUGUAUCCGAAAGGACUGAAAAAAAAGCAGACAAGGAUACUGUCAACUAUCUCGCUCAUAAUGGCACAGACGUAAGUGAGGAGGAACCUCUUCUAAAAGAAAACCCAUGUCGCUUUGUUAUUUUUCCCAUUGAAUACCCAGCUAUAUGGAGGAUGUACAAGCAAGCACAAGCUUCCUUCUGGACAGUAGAAGAGGUGGAUUUAUCGAAGGACCUUGCUCACUGGGCUCUAUUGAAAUCUGAAGAAAAAUAUUUUAUCUCAAGUGUAUUAGCUUUCUUUGCUGCUAGUGAUGGAAUUGUCAAUGAAAACCUGGUGGAAAGGUUCAGUCAGGAAGUACAAGUCGCAGAAGCACGUUGUUUCUAUGGAAUGCAGAUCUUAAUUGAGAAUAUACAUUCAGAGAUGUAUAGUCUGUUAAUAGCAACUUACAUUAAAGACCCACAUCAAAGGGAGUUUUUGUUCAAUGCAAUUGAAACAAUGCCAUGUGUUAAGAAGAAAGCUGAGUGGGCCCUCCGUUGGAUUGCAGAUAAGCACUCUUCCUUUGGAGAGAGAGUGAUUGCAUUUGCUGCAGUGGAAGGGAUCUUUUUCUCUGGGUCAUUUGCUGCCAUUUUCUGGCUGAAGAAGAGAGGGCUUAUGCCUGGUCUUACCUUCUCUAAUGAACUAAUUAGCAGGGAUGAGGGCCUCCACUGUGAUUUUGCAUGCCUGAUGUUUAAAUAUUUAGUAAAUAAGCCUUCAGAAGAAAGGGUCAAGGAAAUUAUUGUCGGUGCAGUGAAGAUUGAACAGGAGUUUCUAACUGAGGCACUUCCUGUAAAUCUGAUUGGAAUGAACAGUACAUUAAUGGAACAGUAUAUUGAGUAUGUAGCUGACCGCUUGCUUACAGAACUUGGAUUUUCUAAGGUAUAUGAAGUAGAGAAUCCUUUUGACUUCAUGGAAAACAUCUCACUGGAAGGAAAAACCAACUUUUUUGAAAAGAGAGUAUCUGAGUAUCAACGGUUUGGAGUGAUGUCCCAAGCAGCAAAUAAUGUUUUCACACUAGAUGCAGAUUUUUAAACUUUGUUUCAUGACAUGGGCAACUUCUUCUGAGGGUGUUUAAAGCCGCCUUGCUGCUCCUAACUUGUUUGUUAAAUGCAAAAGGUUAAUGGUGAUGACUGUUUUUAGAUGAACUUCAUAAUAAAAAGUGUGCAGUAUGCACAGA